ACUUCCUGCGCGCGUGAAUAAUUUAUCGUGGGCGACGCUCGAGUUGAACUUUGCGACUGAUAGCGGCAAGGGUCACUUGUACUUGGGCGAGCGCGAUGGAACGCCGGUGCUGCAGGUUGGUGCUGCUUUUUGCUCUGCUGCUUUCGCCGUCGGCAGACGCCGCGAACAUCAAACGUCAACAUUUGGCGCAAGGGCAAAAAAACGCAGAGGAACAGAAAUUGGUUCGCGGCGUGACUGACAAGGUUGAAAACGAUGACACGGCUAGAGAUGGGUACUUUUCCAACCUCUCGACGGCGUUCGCCUUUGCCUUCGCAGCAGUCGUCGAUAAUUUGCCCACAAUGCCUGCCAUUUUGCAGCCACAAAAGCAGCAAUCAUCCAUAGCUGCCAGUGAAGAAGAGGAUGAUGAUUAAAAUCUAAACUUAUACAUAAAAUGAAUUUUAAAGUUCAGUGUUUUGAUUUCAAUUAUAAAGCUGGUGAUCAUACAAUGAAUACAAAGCCAAAUUCGAAAGUAUGAAGUUAAAUUUCUAUACAUAAUCCAAGAACUUUGGUUGUUCUAACAUACAUAUUUUUACAAUGUAAAAAAUAUGAUGUAAUCUAAAAGAUUUAUAUUCCCAAAAAGACAAUUCAGCUGAUUAUAAUUCAAAAUUAAUGUUAUUCAA